AUUAAUUUUUGUGUUAUUGUGGUUUUGUAAAUCCCCACCGCGAUUGCGUCGAAAAAUCGACCCAACUCCGUUACGCAAAGAAAAGGAAAAAACAUAACAUCACACAGUUUAAAAAUAAACAGUUUUACAGCGAUUUGAGGCAUAAAAGACGUCCUCGCUUAAUUUAAGAUUAAAAUUUAACUCAAUAGCAAUGCAGAGUAAUAUUUCGAAAUUAAUAAAUUCGGUUCAUCGACAGUUGGGACCUGAUAGCUUGGAAAUGAAGGAGUUAGCUGCAAGAAUUUGUAGGGAUUAUCUAAAUGGGCCGUGGAAACAAGUUUCUGCUCAAAAUAUUGGAUUUAAUCAUAUUAGCGGCGGCCUCUCAAAUCUCCUCUACCACAUAUCUCUCCCGGAAACCCCUCAACAACGCCAACACCCAAAAAAGAAAUCCCAAGACCCUACAAGCGUUUUAAUCCGAGUUUAUGGACCAACUCACGGCGAUCGCGGUAUCGAGCAUAUGAUUACAGAGAGUGUUAUCUUCACGUUAUUAUCUGAAAGAGGUUUAGGACCGAAAUUGUACGGUUUAUUUCCAGGGGGGCGAAUCGAGCAAUACAUAAACGCGCGCCCUUUGCAAACUCGCGAACUUUCCGAUCCGAAAUUAACCCAUUUAAUCGCGAAAAAAAUGGCUUCGAUACAUUCGAUGGAAGUUCCGCUCCAAAAAGAACCCGGAUGGUUGUGGGAGACCAUCGAUAAAUGGCUCAAAAGGACCGAAUUGAUUUUAAGUAGCGAUAAAGUCCCGGAUUUGGCGAAAAUCUUAACCCAAAUCGAUUAUAAAGAGGAAGUCGGGUGGUUGAAGAAACGAAUUGACAUGGAGAAUUGUCCGGUUGUUUUUUGCCACAACGAUAUGCAAGAGGGGAAUAUUUUGAUAAAACAAGACGUGAACGAUAAUGAAGGGGACGUAAAAUUAGUUUUAAUCGAUUUCGAGUACUGUUCGUAUAAUUACCGAUCGUACGAUUUAGCGAAUCAUUUUAUAGAGUACACUUAUGAUUACACGGAAGAAAGCCCGCCUUUGUACAAAGAAAAUUUUGAAAAUUAUCCCUCCGUUCAACAAAGAUUAGCGUUUAUUAACUCGUAUUUAGAGGAGACUAGGAAAAAUGAGGAUCCGCAAAAAAUUUUAAAAGAAGUUCAUACUUUUACGAUGGCCACGCAUUUCUUUUGGUGCUUAUGGAGUAUAGUUAACACCGAAAUGCCCGUAAUUCCAUUCGGAUAUUGGGAAUACGCAGUGUCAAGAAUGAACGGUUAUUUAAGGACGAAAGAGGAAUUGAAGCCUUCAUCGGUGGCGGUUAAGCGAAAAUCGUCCGAAUUGGAUUUAUAAUAAUAAAAGCAUUGAUAAAAUCCCGAUAAUAAUCUAAUUUAAAAAAACAAGUGACUUAAUUUUAUUUGUCCAUUUGCUUUGUUUUAUUUUUGUUUUCAUAGUUUUUUCAGAAUAAAUUUUGAAAUUAAAACCGAUUUUACCGUCGAAGACUGAUUACAGCGACGGGGCUUUGCGUAUUUCUUUAAAACGAAUUUAACCUAUACACACACUGUACUUGUUAAUAAAUCAAUAAAAAUUUGUUUAAAUUCU